GAACUUCAAGACAUGCUGAAGAGGGAAUCCUCAGACAUGUCUGACACGUACUUUGAAAUUCUGCGACGGAGCUGCAGUUCAGGGAACUACAUCCCGUCAGGUCGGCAGCUCCCCAGGACGCCGCCCUUAACAAACGUAACGAGACAACUGGAUUUCACCAACUCUGAGGAACCAGAGCAAAACUUGGAGGAUGGUGUCAGAGAUAAAGACGAAGGUAACCAAAAAAGGCAGACAAAUACAGAAGAACUUCCAGAAUCUCAUGACCCUCACUCCAUGCUGAAAGGGAUGAAGGGCUACCAGCUCACUGCUGCUGACUUGGAAUUUUUAAAAAAGAUGAAAGAAGAGCAGCUUGUCAAAAAACUGCAGGUUAAACUAGAAGAAGUGCAGAAGCUGUUAAAAACGGAAACGGUGGCCUUAGAGUUGGCAUGUGCUUCCAAGGAGAAAGCAGAGGCUGAGCUCAAGAGGUUCCCAUCCUGUAUAGAGGUCACUGAGUGGGCAAAGGUGGUCCUCAGAAUAGCAUGCCCACAGGCUGACUUGACUGACGCGGACGCCAAAUCUCUCCUAUCCAUGAUGACAAUGAAAGACAUCCAGGACGCCAUGGAUAAGAAGAGGGUCGAACUGUAUCAAAUAGAGAACAUGGUGGCAAACAAGAGGAAGGAGGAGGCUGAAGAGAGAGGACAGAUGGAAAGGCAAAUUGCCAAUGAACAGCUGAGGAUACAGGGUUUGAUGAGGCAGUUGUCUGACUUGAAAGCUGAACUUGCACAGCGAGAGGAAGCCUGCAAGUCUCUGGAAAUGCAGGUGAACAUUGCAGAAGCACCAGAAAUCAAAGAAGACUUCACUAAAAGCCAAAUGACGCUGCCAAGAAAGAGACAAAAGAAAGCUGUUAAAUCUACUGAAAGGUUGCAAGACGCAACAAACACAAGUAAAUCAACAAGGAGUAGAAACAGGGACACUCUGAAAACCUCAGCCGAAGAGCUAACUCGGUCCGGAGCUGCAGGAGAGCAGCAGAAAAAGAAGGUUAAAGCAACCAGAGGGGAAAAUGAGAAAGCUGAAGGGCAGGACUUAAAUUCCCAAGAGUCAGUACAACCUGUAAGAGGACGAAGAAAGCUUGCUGGGACUGCUCAGACCACGGUUUCCCAACAGAAAAGUCAAAGUAAAGUGAAAACUGGGGAACCUGAGGUGCCCUCUCGUGGCAGGAGGAGAGCUGCUGCCACCACUGCAGAUAAUGCUGGAGAGGAGGCACAAAACGAAGGUCUGAGGAGAUCCAAGAGGAUCGCCAGCAAGAAGUGAAGAGGUGCACACUUUUAGCCUUAUCAAAUUAUCAUUAUAACCUAAUUACAAACACGUUUAUUUCAAAGUUAAAAAAUUUAUUCUUUUAAGUUAUUUUAACUGUCAUUUUAAUCAUAAAUGUGUUUUUGUUUUGUUUGUUUUACUAAAAAAAUAAAGUGGAACUUUC